ACGAUUCUUAUUCUGUAACGUGUAUUUCUAGUCAAUUUCUUUCCCCCUUCCAAACUGUUUACUGUGCUGUACAGAAUUUCCUCCUCCAGUGUCUAACCUCUGUGUAACUCAACUCUCCGCAACUUUUUUUGCUUACUUCUCUCGUGUCCAACUCUUUGAAGAUGUGUAUGCUUUGGACUGCCACAUCUGGAAAAGACAUUUCUCCGACGAGCAGCAGGCAGUGCACACAGCAGAGAUUUGGCCCUAUAUCAGAAUAGGGCUAAGUGCAAGCAGACGUGCCUGUUUGGUUUUUAGACAUUAAACUCAAAAUAAGCAUCAGGAAGUGGAACAACUCUCUUCCUUUAACAGGACAGUGUCUGUAUUUAAAGGUUUUGUGAAUGAAGCCGCAGUUGGGAGGGCUCUGUUUUUUUAAUUUUUUUUAUUCUCCCGGCGUUAUUCAUACCCCUACUGGGCAGAAUCCCCAGGUUGCAGGAAUGUGAGCCUGCCAGCUGCACUGCCUGCUGCUCACAUCCGUGCUCGCACUCCCCGAGUGGCAGCAGAAAGGAGUAAACAGAGCUGCGAUCACUGAACAGAGUGUUCUGGCAGCUCCCCAUGGUAGAGAGGACCCACGGGCAGGCACCACAGUCCUGUUUACCCUGAAAAAGAGACCGUAUGUUGGAAAGUACUGACCACUCCAUGGAUGGUAUGGAGCAGCAAAAAGUCAACAUUGAACUGGAAGAGCAGAGCAACAGUGGGGAAAGCCUAGAAGACAACUACACAGAGCUGAUUGACUCUGAAAAGACUGCAAUUAGGAGUCCAUUUGCUAGUGAUGACGCAGAAAGUCAGAAGUUCCUAACAAAUGGAUAUCUGGAUAAAAAGAAAUUGGAAGACUAUAAUGAAGAAUAUCACCGGGGCAGAACUUCCUUUGGCAUGUCCUCCUUCAACCUCAGCAACGCCAUUAUGGGCAGCGGUAUUCUAGGGCUGUCCUAUGCCAUGGCCAACACAGGAAUCAUCCUUUUUGUGUAAGUACAUAUAAAUAAAAUGAAUAGAAUA